AAAGCAGCGCCGCACACUGACGAAACAUCCUCGGCCCUGCUCGCUGCCCGUUUCUGCGAAAUCAACAAGAGACCUGGGGAAGGCUAGUUUCUGGGAGCUCCGGGCCACCGCUACUGGUCAGGCUGCUCUCUCCGGAGAGGAGGGGGACGCAACUGGUACAUUUCUUUUUCUGUUUUCUUUUCUUUUUUUUUUCAUUUUGUCUGCCUGCCAAACCGCUCAACCUUCAUCAGGAGACGACAUUUAGUGGGUACUGUCGGGAUGGAUGGACCAAGUGAGCAGGUUUCGCCGUGAGACUGGCGCUAAUUUGGAGCAGCAGCAGGUGUACUGAAGGAUAAAGCGGACUCAAGGCAAUCUUAGUGUUCAUGAAACUUUGCUACGAUUUACGUGCUGGGGUUGCCGUCCGCCAUGUUAAGGUAAAGCCCAGGUGCGCGGUGUUGACCAUGCUAAAGCGCCUGGACAAGAUCCGCUUCCGAGGCCCCAGGACGAGAGACGACUUCCCGGACCUGGCCGAGUCGCCACCUGCCUCCGACAACGAAUGUAGCGACGACAUGCAGCUGAAGCCCAGAUCAGCUCUGCGGGACACAGACGACGUCCUGCGAGACCCUGCUGGCUCAGGGUCUCCCACUAUGGCUGCAGCCAUUCAGGACUUCCAGAGGUCGGAGUCAGAUCGACUCAAUGAAGUUAAAGGUCACUUGGAAAUUGCCUUAUUGGAGAAACAUUUCCUACAGGAGGAGCUGAGGAAGUUGCGGGAAGAGACCAAUGUGGACUCCCUGCGGCAGGAGCUGGAGAGAGAGCGGAGUAAGAGGAUAGAUCUGGAGCAGAAGAUGAAUGAUGUGCUCAAAACCAGACUUGAGGACUCUCCUCCGCAGCCUCCCCGAAAACAGCAGUCGCCCUCGAACAAUGGAACAGCGGAUAAACAGCAGAAGGAGGUGUGGAGUUCACGGCUGCAGAAGUGGCUAUAUGAGCGCUUCGGGGUUUACAUCGAAGACUUCCGCUUCCAGCCGGAGGAAAGCACCGUGGAGGCCGAGGAACCGUUAAGUGCUAAAAGGUUGACAGAAAACAUGAGGCGACUCAAACGAGGAGCCAGACCUGUCACCAACUUCUUAAGGAACCUCUCCGCCUUAUCUAAUUGGCACUCCGUCUACACCUCAGCUAUUGCCUUCAUUAUUUACAUGAAUGCUGCUUGGCAUGGCUGGGCCAUUCCCAUGUUCCUCUUCCUGGCUAUCCUGCGCUUGUCCUUAAAUUACCUCAUCGCCAGAGGUUGGAGGAUCCAGUGGAGCAUUGUGCCUGAGGUCUCUGAACCCAUGGAGCCUCCAAAGGAAGACUUGACUGUAUCUGAGAAGUUCCAGCUUGUACUUGAUGUCGCACAAAAAGCCCAGAACCUUUUUGGUAAGAUGGCAGAUGUUUUGGAGAAGAUAAAGAACUUGUUCAUGUGGGUGCAGCCAGAAAGUACCCGGAAACUCUACAUCUGCCUGUGGGUGGCUUUCAUUACCUCCUGCGUCCUGCCGUACAAACUCAUGGGCUUCAUGAUUGGCCUGUACGCCGGUAUCAAGUUCUUCAUCAUAGACUUCCUGUUUAAGAGCUGUCCAAAGCUUCGGGACAAGUACGACACGCCCUACAUCGUGUGGAACAGCCUUCCUACCGACCCACAGCUCAAAGAGAGGACAAACGCCAACGUAUCGCGACGGGUUCAGCCGGUGGUUUCGCGAAGCAGCCUCGCCACAGUCCCAUGUGGGGUGAGCAGAGAGGAGGAAACGGGUCGUUCUCACAGCACCAAAAAGGGAGCCUUUCAUGAGAUCUUCAACCUGCCGGAGUCGGAGCGCCCUCUGGCGGUGUGUGAAAACGGCUGGAGGUGUUGUUUAAUAAACCGAGACAGGAAGAUGCCCACAGACUACAUCAGGAACGGAGUGCUUUACGUCACAGAGAACUACUUGUGCUUUGAGAGCUCCAGCUCCAGAUCCAGCUCCUCCAAGAAGAAUAAAGUCAUCAAGCUGGUGGACAUCACCGACAUACAGAAGUACAAAGUGUUGUCAGUCCUCCCAGGAAGUGGGAUGGGCAUCUCCAUAGCGACUCCCUCCACUCAGAAGCCACUGGUGUUUGGUGCCAUGAUCCACAGAGACGAGGCCUUCGAGGCCAUCUUCACCCAGUACAUGAAGAUCAUGACGACCACCAAACCACCGGCCAGCGCUGAGCUCUGAACGUCCUCCAUCCCAGCAACACACCUCCUCACUGGGGCUGAAAUCUGAGGCCGACAUCCCGCUGAGCUUCAUCUGGACUGAAGAUACUCAAACUCCACACUCUCCCGCUGAGCUUGAGCCUCCUCCUCACCUUCUGACGGUCCGGUUGUGAUUGGCGGAUUUCCCCAAUUUGGGCCGCGGCGGAGGAGAUUCGUGGGCGUUUAGUCACACUCCUCGUAGGCGUCGGACAACAUUUUCUAACCGAGAAGCGAGGACCAGUGUGGUUUUUAUCAAUCAGCAGAAGGCCGGUGGAGGAGGCUGGUUCUCCUCCCGCCUCACUGACCAACCAACAAGCCCACUGGUUUCCUGACUUACUUGUUUCUGUGUUUGCAUGUGUGAGUGUGUGUGUGUGUGUUAAAGGUCUUAAACUGCAUCAAGUGGCUUUUUUGGGGGGGGUUUAGUUUUUGUUUUUUCCUCAGUGGCGUGACGUCUGCUGUGGUCGGAAGAUUUUAAGAAGCGCUCGACCUGGAUGUAAAAAGAAUAUCAAUAAAAACAAAACAAAAAAAGCAGGUUUAAAAAAAAGUUUGAACUGCCAGCCAUGUGUAGGAACAAACACGCAAGUUUUAGUUUUAUGAUUCACGGCAACCAUCGAAAUAUUUAAAGUGGCCGACCGGUGCCCGACAAAACCUGUAGGAGCGUGUGAGUGGUCAGUGAGUGUUGUUUUUUUCUUUUUAAAUGUGUAUUCUUAGCUGUGAAAACGUCAGAUUUGACUGACACACAGCCUUUCUGUUAGUUUACAUUGUUGCUGUCUAGUUUGUUUUUUGUUCCUCCUCCUCUUUUGAGACGCAUUUCAGCAGCGACAGUCUCAAAAUAACAGAAGAAACAUUCGCUGCUUCCGUGUUCGUGAAUCGUGCAGUGAACUAAAAAAAAAUGCCUUCAUUUUUUUUUUUUUUUUGUCUUUGUAACAAUCAGCCUUUUUUGGACGGUGGUAAAAAGGAGAGCACAACACUGACGGCUGCUUAGAAACGCAACGCAGCGAGAGAACAUAACUAUUUCGAGGCACAAUCUGUACAUAAGUCGAGAGAUUUUUCAUUUUCCAAUCGCUGGUGUUCUCCCCGCACUUUACUACAAGUGGAGUUGUUGACGUUUUGGAGGUAGUGAAUAGAUUUCAAACGCUACUUCAGCUGGUCAGUGCUGACAACAGUUUCUCCCACUUAAACGGUGUGUCUCUUCUGUCUGACUACUCGAGACUUUCUGGUCUGAGUGCAGCACAAUUCAGGCUGAGCACGCUGAGUUCAAAGCAGACAACCUUCACACUGACCAGAAAGGAAGAAAAAGUACUUUAAAAUGAAAUGUAGCCACCAUCUGGCCCAUAGAGGCGCUUCAGACGUUUGAGAGGAUGGGGAAAAAAAAAAAAAAAAAGCCCUGAUCAUCCAAGGCCAGAGCAGAAAUACAGCAAAUAUUCUAACUGGGUGAGAAGUGCUCAGAAAGGUCAGGUUUUUUGAGGUUACAUAAGCAGAAAUAUAGAUUCAGGAUUUACGAGCUGCCUAAUUAUUUGAUUCUUUCUGUAACGCCGCAGCGCUUCCAGAUCAUCUAAAUGUAGGCGCUUUUUUUGUGUUUUUUGGUAGUCUAUGGAGUAAGCGGACAAAGGUCUAGAAUAUUUCAGCGUCACUUUAUUUUAGACGCCGCUCACCACAACAAAGCUGGUCUUUGUUCUUGCGGAACGGCUCGAUACGUAGAAAAUUGUAAUGCCAAACUACAUCAGACACUUUAUUGUGUUUUUUGUGAGACUAAUGAAGACAAGAUGCAGGACCGGAAGGUCACGAUUUCUCUUUGGAUGUUUUUUUUAGUCAGUAGAGUAACUCCUAUCUACCGAACGCCCAGCAGCACAAGCUUUAGUUUCCUUGUAAAUCUUACAGAAACACUGUUAAAAAAGGGGAAACCUUGACAUUUGACUUUGACUCUAGUCUGGUUUUACUCACCGACCACCUCAAGAAGGAUCAUUUCUGUUAACUGCCCUUAAAAUGUCAAGGCUUCUCUUCGAUCUAUACAAGUCCUCUUGUCAUCAUUAUGAAUCAGCUGGAUAUGAAGUUGCCACCGAUGCAACGGACCGGUUCAGACAUUCUGGUUAUUUUUAGUUGAAACUAAUUAAAGGAUGGAUAUUUUUCAUUCACAUCCAUUCGUAUGAUUUGAGCCUGUUGUGAACAGGCUGCUUUCCCAGACAUGGAUUUCUAUUUUUGUUGAGGAAUAAAUUUGAUCCAUGAUCGGGGGGAAAAACCUGUCGAAUACUUAGAUCAGGUGAAAUCAAUGAUUAAACGCUGUCUCACUGUGUGAUUGGAUGGCUCGUCGUAGUCUUAAUGCUUUUACCUGAAGCCUUUUUUUGUAAUCUGUUAACUCUGACGAUCGACUGGAACACGGCCGUCACUCAGAUAAAGCACAGAAUGUAUCAUGCUCUAAACGUCUAGGGUUGUUGUUUUUUUCUUCUUUUUUUUGCCAAACUUUUGAUUUUCUGUCUGCCAUAUUCUGCCUACGCUCAUGUUUACAGAAGGUUGUAAAAAUGUUUUGUUCGGUUUUUUUUUUAAGUACCCAGUUUGAAUUCCUUUGAGUCUGGAGUUAUGAAGACUGGACUGCUGUUUCUGAAUGAAUGUCUCCGCUCUCAUUGGCUCCACACCGCUCAUGUGACCGUCUCUGCUGACCAAUAGGAAAACCAUAGUGACAACAAGAGCAGUAUUUUAAACCGCAUGUAAACUGUCAUAUCCAACAUUUUUGUUCUAUUUUAGUGGAAAUAAACACCAGACUUGCAUUCUUUAUGCAGAGCAGAGACACGACAACAUCAGUGUUUUUGACAGUCCAGUGACAGGAUGAAACUUUUGGAAAAGCUGCAGAAAUGGAGCAAAAGUUUGAUUCCCGCAGUUUUAAAGUGAUGCACAUGGCUUGUAGAAACACUUCUUGCUUUCUUACUGAGAGUUAAAUGAGAAGAUUGAUGCAACUGUUAAUUUUAUGGUGACUAGAGCUGCACGAUAUUGAGGGGAAAAGUGAUAUUUUUUUCUACAGAAUAAACAUUGUAAUGUGAAAAAACAGUACUUUCCAUCAGAUGACUUGAAUAUUACUAUUUUGAAAGAUUUAAUCCUUCUAGAAUAAUGGGGUGGUUCUGUAGACGAGUGCAUCUGCAUUGAAAAUAAAAACUAAACCAGUUUUCAAUCUUUCUCAUCAGGUGUAAUUUGACAAAAUUGUGUUUUGCUUUGAAGGUUUGUGGUGGUGAUUUAAAUGUUCCAUCAAAUUGUUUCUUCCUAUAGUUGCAAGAUGCUUCAACAGAGUCCCCGUUUUUGAUCAUCAUCCUUUCUGCUGCUGAAAUAAUUACAUAAAGCUGACUUUGCAUCUCAUUUUAGCAACCGGAUCGCUUUACUCCUUCACUCGUUUUGCUGUGCACAUGUAAAUGACCAAAUCUGUCUUACAAAUUUAGCUCAAAUUAGGGUCAGUUCUAUUCUAUCAGACACUUCUCUUGUAGAUAAGUGACGAAAAAUAAGAACUGCAUGAGGGUUCUUUCUGUAACGUAUUUUUUUUUCACAUCACACUUGUUGCAUUUGUAGAUUGCAGCGUUGACGCAAAAACGAUGUAUCAUGCAGCCCUAACUGGGACUUCUGUUGCCUUUAAACAGAGCCACAUUAGCCGCUUCUGUUGUUUUCUGCUAUGCUAUAAGCUAACAGGCUGGAAAGUAGGAAUCACUUCACGAGUUUAAAGACUUUUCUAAGCUAACUUUGCACCAACAGUCCAGGCUGCAGCACCUGCUUUCAGUUAGAAAUUAAAACCCUGUAAGGUUAGCCUCUCAGCUGCAUUCUUUAUGUGAUUAACUCAUGCAUAUAAUUAACCCAAAAGACUCACAUGUGAUCUGUCGUGGCGCUAACGACAGCACAGAGCUUAAAUUCCCGCUAAGAGGUGAAACAUCUUCUCGAAAUUCGAUCUAUGUCUAUUUACAUCCUGACCUGGGUGACUCUUGUACAUACAAACAUGACAUUUUCAUUAAUCUUCUCAUCUGACUCUGGGCAAGAAAGCAAUUAAGUGCAUUUUCUGAAAAUGUUAAGAUAUUCCUUUGAAGUUUGGAAUGGUUAGCUGCGCAUGCUGCGUGCUUUCUCAGACAGAACAGUGUGAGGCUUUCGCUGCUCUCAGAAAACAGUGGUGUUGUCUCGUCAAGGUCCCUCCAGCUGGUGUCCUCGCUGUAGUAUUGAGUGUGUACUUCCUCUUACUGUGCGUAGAAGUGGAUUUCUGAAAGCGUUUGUGCAGAACUUCACUGUCCCGGAGCUCAUUUAGGACAAAGUCAAAAGGAAACAGCCUGAAUGUGACGUGACGACUGCAGUGAAUUAAACAGAUUCGGCUCCUGUUUUGUGGACCGUGACAGCUCUCAUAAUAUUUGGUCAGUUAAUUGCAAAUUAAAGCCUAAGUGUUACUGGGAAACACUGCAGUCAUUACAGUGAGUAAUUAAUUUGUCAUCUGUGACAGUGGCUAUAAUGGCUUCCUCCUUUCUUUUUGUUUUUUUCUUUUUCUUUUUGUCAAAGAGGAAUUUGUAUACAAAUUACUGUACAGUGAAGAAAAACAAACCACUGAGUUUUUAAAAGACAUGUCUAUUGUAAAGGAUAAUGUGAUGUACAUUUUUUAAUUUAAGUAAAUGAAUUUAAGGUA